AUGGCGUCGAGCACAUACCGCUAUCCUGUCGCGGUGAUCAUUCCUGUCCUCUCGUUCCUCUCGAUCAUCAUCAGCAUCCCUCCUUUCCUUUUGCACUGGAAGAACCGCAAUUUCCCCGCCACCUUGUUGAUAGUGUGGUUCCUGCUGACCAACGUGUUCAACAUCACGAAUGCGCUGCUGUGGCCAAACGAUGACACCAAGAGCUGGUGGGAUGGUAAGGGUCUUUGUGACUUCGAAGUCAAGAUCAUGAUCGCCAGCUACGUCGGCGUGCCGGGUGCCAUGCUCUGUAUCUUCCGCAGCUUGGCCUUGGUGCUGGACACCGACCGAGCCACCCUGGUGCCCAGCCGUUCACAGCGCUGGCGGACGCAUGUUACGGAAAUAUUGUUCUGCGUGGCGAUUCCAGUCCUUGCCAUGGCUCUUCAGAUUGUCUAUCAGAAGAACCGAUACAUGCUCUUUGCCAUCUCUGGCUGCAUCAACUCCUUUGACGAGAGCUGGGUCUCUCUGGCGCUCUCCUUUGCCUGGCCGACAAUCAUCUCGUUUGGGGCCGCUUACUACUGCUGCGUUGUCAUCUAUCGGCUGCACAAGUACCGGAGUCAGUUCGGGGAUAUUCUCAGCGCUUCGAGCAGCAAAUACAACAAGUCGAGGUUCCUCCGCCUCUUCUUUCUGGCUGCCACCUUGCUCCUCGGAAUCCUGCCGGUCUUCGUCUGGAUCCUCUACUAUAACGUAACGCUGUCGCUGCCAUGGCACGCGUAUUCAUGGCACAAGGUGCACAGCUCAGAUUGGAACACCAUCUACAAGAUCCCCACUGGCGGCCAGGCGUUCUUCGACCGCUGGAUCCCCAUCAUCGCGAGCAUCCUGAUUUUCGUAUUCUUCGGGUUUGGCAGAGAUGCAACGCGGCUGUACCGCUCAUGCCUCAUGCACCUCGGCGUCGAUCGCUGCCUACCCAGCCUUUCACCGAAUCACGCUCGGCCUGCGCCUGUGCGAAACAACUCGACCGCCAGCGCGGCGGUUUCAAUCAGCAGUCGUGCCAGGUUGCUCUUCCAUAAGCGAUGGACUGGGGGAUCUAGAACCUACGUUGACAAUUCCUUCUCCAUGGCUACGCUGGGCGCUGGCUCGGUGCAUACCGAGAAGAGAAGCUUGGCCACCAACGUCAAGAGCCGAUCGUGGUUGCGCGGUCUCUUUGGCCGUCGUCUGUUUUCGGGCACUCGGAAUCGCAAUCCCUCUGUCCUGGAUCUAUCUGCUCCCACUAGCACCAUCCGGACUAAUGCCUGGGCGGAGGAGAGUCAGACGCGCACCGUUGACAAUGAGACUGACUCCAUCCCUUCUCCUGGUAGCGAAGGGUUCAUUCGAGUAAAGCAGGUGAUUAGCCAGCAGAGUGAGAUGUUUGUCUGA